CCUCUCUCCAUUGCAGUGAUCCGAGCAAAGGCCGUCUCUGCGAAAGAGGUGGAUUCGGGGAACGAUAUAUACGGGAAUCCGAUCAAACGAAUCCAGUAUGAAAUCAAGCAGAUCAAGAUGUUUAAGGGCCCUGACCAGGACAUAGAGUUCAUCUACACGGCUCCGUCCACCGCCGUGUGCGGCCGGCUGCUGGACACCGGCGGGAAGAAGGAGUAUCUCAUCGCAGGCAAGUCAGAGGGCAACG